CCCCCGCUGCCAUACUCGCUUCUAACCCCGGCGUCCGGAGCGGGGCUGCAGCGCGCGUGCUGACACGCGCUUGCUCGGCGGUCACUGGGGGCCCGCGGCUCGCUCCAGCUCCGCACCCGCGCCUGCUCCAUCCCCAAAGCACGGCGGAAUUCCUGGCACCCACUCCUCACUAUUCAUUUUCACCUCGAUCCAGCGCCGUCUCUUUUAAUCUUUUGUUCGGAGUGGAUUUUAGCAAAGACUUGGGGUUUCGCUUGCGGUCUCACACCCCCUUCUGCUGAAAGGGAGCCAGCGGGACAAAGUGACAUUAACGCGCCGGGACGCGUCUGGAUAUUUUGUUGCAGCGAAGAAGAGCACGAUUUCGCCAUUCUCCAUAAUUUAGACUGACCACAGGAUCAAGAUUAAGAAUUACAGCGGGUGGCAGGACGUCUUCCUAAACUGCAGAUAUGAAGCCCCUCCAGAGCUGUGUCCACCAUGUCCCUCACCAUGCGUCCAUCCCGGCGUCUGCUCAACAGGUCCAUCACUAGGAGCCAAUCCUUCGCUGGAGUCAACACCCAAGACAAGCCCUACAGAAAUCUCUCUGUCUUCAGCACCCCGGGGUGCGUGAGGAAGACGCCGUCACGAGGAAGCAGGAUGUUCACAUUAUCCACCAAGUCUCCGCCCCCCAAAGUCCCACAGCCUGAGCGGCUAGAUGAGGUCUACGAGGCUCUGAAGAGAGGCCUGCAGUCCUACCUCCAGGUUCAUCAGCUGGAGCUGGACGGUCUCAACCGGCAGAUGAGGGAGUCCAAGAGGAACUCGAGGCUGGGGUUCCUGUACGAGCUGGACAAGCAAGUGAAGGUGACCGAGAGGUUCAUGCGCAGGCUGGAGUUCCAUCUGAGCAAGAUCGACGAGCUGUACGAGGCCUACUGCAUGCGGCGCAGGCUGCGCGACGGAGCCAGCAAGAUGGUGAAGGCCUACACCGCUUCCUCGGGGAGCCGGGAGGCCCGUGAGAGCCUGUCAGAGGCCAGCAAAGGCUAUAAAGAAUAUACAGAGAACAUGUGCCUGAUGGAGAGUGAGCUGGAAAGCCAGCUGGGGGAGUUCCACCUCAAGAUGAAGGGUCUGGCUGGCUUUGCGCGCCUGUGUGCCGGAGACCAGUACGAGAUCUUCAUGAGAUACGGACGGCAGCGUUGGAAACUACGGGGCCGGAUCGAGCUGAACGGCAAGCAAGUGUGGGACAGCGAGGACAUGGUCUUUUUGCCCCUUAUAACAGAGUUCUUGUCGAUCAAGGUGACGGAGUUAAAGAGCCUGGCCAAUCACGUCGUGGUGGGAAAUGUGUCAUGCGAGACGAAGGACCUGUUUGCUGCUCUGCCCCAGAUGGUCGCCGUCGACAUCAACGACCUCGGGACCAUCAAGCUCAGUCUGGAAGUUGUGUGGAAUCCCUUCGACAAAGACGACCAGAGCUCCACAGUCAGCACAGUGAAUAAAGCUCCCUCGGUCAAUAAGCGCUUCUCCACCUACAACCAGAGUCCCCCGGACACCCCCUCGCUGCGAGAGCAGGCCUUCUAUAACAUGCUGCGAAGGCAAGAGGAGAUGGAAAAUGGCACCGCCUGGUCCAACUCCUCAGAGUCGUCCGACGACUCGUCCAGUCCUCAGCUCUCUGUCGGAACGCGCCACUCCCACAUGACUUUGGUGCAGCCUGAUCUGCAGGCUGCUGCACCUGCCAUCGAGAUCACGUUUGCGCCGCGGGACUCUGCCACCUCCACUCCGAGCCGGCCAGAUGCCAUCGCGGAGCGGGCCGAGGAGGCGGACGGGCAGCCGGACGGGGGGCGGGCCGUGCCCAACGGCCACGCCUGCUUCUCGCGCUCGCUCAGCCACAUCAGCGAGCACAGCGCCGACGGCACAAUCACGGACAGGCCGCCUGCAGACUCGGGCGAGUCCUCCUCCGAGGCCUCCGUUGUGUCCAUCGGUGACGUCUUCGCCGGGGAGUCUGUGUCCGCGGAAACCGGGGAGGUUAGCCGAGAUGGGGAUGCUCCUCAGCCGGGCACCGCCGAGCCCUCAUCCCCUGCCACCUCGGGGGCUUCCUCUGCCCUCCCACUUGGCACUGAGGGAACGCCGGCUGCCCCUGAGGAAGAGGAAAUGGAGGAGCAAGAGGAGAAAGAUCUGGGUGGUCUGCAUUCCUCACCAGCGUCACCCAAAGCAGGCGAGCCAACGCACCACAGUGCAGCCCCUGUCAAAGACUCUGAACGGACCGGAUCUCCAGCCCACGAGCAGAAGGUAGAACGGGCAGAAACAGCAGGAGACGGUGUAAAGAGGCACUCUGCCCAGCCCCCGGGGCAGGAGGCUCAGAAGCCAGGGGCAGACAGAAGCCUGGAGGAGGCGCUGAGCGCCGUCAUCUCCAGCCUGGAUGACUACAGGGGGCAGUUUCCUGAGCUUCAGGGCCUGGAGGAGGAGCUCAGGCACCUGGAGGACAUACUCUUGAGCCAGAACCGCAGCCGUUCAUCCAGUGUGAGCCUGACGGUCGAAAACGCCCUUGGCAGCUUCGACUUCCUCAACAACACUGACCUUGACGAUGAGGAGGACAACGUGGAAGAAGAAAGGGCCAAAAAUGACACCGAUGGCAGUGACACACAUGCAGAGAAGAGCACAGGGGACGAUGGAGAGUGUAACCGACGCUGCUGGGAGUCCCCAGCCAGCCCCAUCAGCUCUGGCUUUGACGCUCUCGAUCAGGCCCUGCUGGUCCACCUGAGGAAUUGCAGUGUCCAGCUACUGCGGCUGGGUACCUUUGGCCCGCUUCGCUGUGGCGAGAUGUAUGCCCUGGACUUUCUGCUGAGGGAAACCAGGGUGCUGGAGCUGAUCCGUCGGGUUGUGGAGGAUUCGUAUGGCCCGUAUGCCGAGCCGGAACAAGUGGUACCACAGAUACAGAACUGUGAAGGUGCUCUGUCUCUAUGGAGGCGAUGCAUAGAACGUGCCAGGGUCUACAGCACGUCUGUGGAGAACUUCCUGAAGGCGCUGGCCUGCAACUACACAGGCCAGUUGCCCGAGCGCAGCAGGGCCAUCUCCGACACAGUGUUCUUGAGACUGGCAGAGCGGAUCCUGGAGCGGAAGCUGUCCCGGCGUGGCGCUGGGGGGGCUCGGGAGGUUCUAACCAUCUUCCAGUUCUGGAAGUACCUGGACACCGAGGGUGCAAGUUCUUUACAGGUGCACGUUGUUGAGCUGGCAGAAGAGGUGUGGCUGGUGCACAGCCUGCAGUCCGGGGACCAGGACACCCUGCUGAAAGUGCUGAAGAGGCUGACAGACUCCAGUGUGAAGCGGGAGGUCCUGCACGCCGUCAGCCGGCUCCUCACUGACCCCCGGGGGAAGGUCUGCAGCGCAGCAAGCUCGCUGCUCCGCGGACUGGCCGAGCAUCCGCUGCAGCGUGAGCGGGCCCUGGUCAGCUGUUUGGAGCUCCUGGAAGAUGAGAUCUUGGAAACCAGAGUUGCCGGCUGCAAGGCCCUUGCGUGCCUCAAGGCCAAGGAGAGCAUCGAUCAGCUGGUCUACCUGUGUCGCACAGACAAGGAGGAGGUGCGGGAUGCAGCCAAGCAGGCCCUGCUGGUGCUGGGUGACGAGGGCAGACUAGCCUACCAGCACGUGGAGGACUCUGAAGGUGCCAUACCCCGUCUGUUUGCCCCGGGCAGCAUGGCCAGCACCGCCUUCUAGUGCCACGGGGAUGCCGGGACCACAGAAAGCGCUGUGCGUGCUGAGAGAGCCCAGAGCAGUGUGCUGCUGCUGCCUGCAUACGCCAGCGCACAGGCUGGCACAGGCUGGCACAGGGAACGUGACAGUGUUGUUUCCGUAGGGACCAUUUCACUCACCGUCUGUACAGACCCCCAGAGUGCAUCUGGGGAUGGCCAGGCCUAGAAUGGCAGAAGUGUCUUCCACAAUGACAUGGUUCUGUCUCAUACUGUUACUGGAGAUGACAUUGUAAAUAAGUACAAAGUAAUAAUGCUGUUGAUUCCUUACGAGCUGUGAAGAAGUGAAGCGGGAUUGUUUCACUGCCUUUAGCUGGGGUCUGUAGUAGCUACCCUCUGAAAUGAUAAGACCUGUCUGUCAAAGGCUGUACCAGGAGCUGUGCCCUCAAACUGUGGCAUGAAUGAUGAUUGGACAGCAGGAUGGACAGGCGGGGAAAACACCCACUCAGGGGAAAGGAGGGUGUGGCUCUCACCAUGGGAAAUGUGCAAAGAAUUCCUACUGAGUUUCCGAUUAAGGUGGUUAGCUUCAAGGAAGCAUAGUAGCUAUUGGAGUUUCAGGAGGAUUUGCUUGUUCAGGAUGACAAAAUGACAUUAAUGUUGAAUUCUGGUCUUCCUAAUUACACAGGGAGUUUGUUUCACCAAUUAGCCACAUAAAUAAAAUAAUCAGUGCCAUAAUUUAUCAUAUUUACUUUUAACAAUAUACAUAUGUAUUUCACAUAAGGUGUACACAUUUUACCUUUUCAUGUUGUAAUUUAGCAAUAUUUCAAAUUUACACAAUUAAAAGCAGAUCGUUAUUUGGUGCUGACAUCAAUUACCCAUAAUGCAUUUCUUCAGUCUUGUGGCAGUGGCUAAUCAACUGAAUACUGUUUCUGCUAUAAAGAUAGGAGACAAUCUAUUCCCAGUUUUCAUGAGUGACAGACUCCACACUUGUGGACUGAUAGCUGCUUGUCUGGUUCCCUUGGAAACCAAUGGGCGACCCAUGGCCCGUAACUGUUGUGAUGUCAGUGUGGCUCCAGUAGAGGGGGCCUAUUCACAGCGCUGUUAUAAGACAAACUGGCUGUGUUGUAGAGCCAGAAAGGCAUUGAACAUACCUGGAUGGACAUUUUAGGCAAUUUUGAAAUUAUACAGUCUUCUAUCUAUAAGUGCCUGAAGUAACAAUAACGAGUGAAAAAAUAUUACAACAGACAUUUUAUUUAAUAAAGACUUUUGAGUCACAGUAGAACGAGGGAAAACUACUGGAAGAAUUAAAAUGUUUCAUUUUCUAAAUGAUUUACAGAUUGUGCAGCAUAGAAGACAAAUAAUAUACUUUUUUUCUAUAAAAUGUAUAUUGACAAAGAUAUUGCCUGAUAAAUGUAACAGGAUUAUUAUUACAAAAUGUUGCAACAAA